CUCUUCUCCUCCUGCUCCCGGGUGCUCAUUUUGACGGAGCUUCGUCUUCGUCCGCACUCGGGUAAACGAGCACCGAAGUGACUGUUACCUGUCGUGUUGCCUUCACUGACACCACCAAGAUUUGUUUUUCUGGUUUAUUACUUUCACUUUACUGAAGAGAGAGGAGUUCUGAGAAAUCACGUGUGAGCUGAUAGCCGGGUCAGAAUUCCCCGUUUAUGAAUCCAUAUUAACCCUUAAACACGUGACUUCUGCAGACUAGCACAAUAGAAAUAGGAUGGUAGGAUGGAAAUAGGAUUGGUCUGACGCCAAUCUCUGCUGAAAACCCGGUGGUUUCCACUCACAACUGCACGACACACUGCUGUCAUACGAGGAAACAUGUUGGACCUGAAUUGAACUCACUUAAGCUAAAGUUAUCUGAAACUUAAUCAAGCUAAGCUUACCUAAAAUAUGCCUAACUUGGUUGUAACUGACCUUUGCUGACCUUAGCUAAAGUGACUCAAUUUUAACUCCAGAAAAAGUGACACUUUUUGAUUGUUAAGUUUGUUUGUAUUUAUAUACCAUUUUUGAUAUAGCCUACUUGGUUUGCAAGUGCUUUACAGGCACAGAAUUAAAAACAGUUUUCCUUUCUGCCUUCGUGACCUACUUACAAAGUUCAAACUAAACCAAGUGACACAAAUAGCAGUUGUGCACUUUUUUAAUGACAAUUAGUUUGCGUCCUUUUUUCUUUUUCUCUCUUUCAUUUCUUUUUUUUUUAUACAUUUAGAUUUACUUUUGGGAUUUUCCAGUGUUUUUAAAAAUAUUUCUUAUAUAACCUUUGUCUUUCUCUCCUGAAGAAGAAAGUGAAAGCAUUCACUGACUCAUUUCACCCAUCCUCACUUUUGAGCAACGCCCUGAAACUGGAGGGUGACAUUACCUCUCAGCCACAGAGCUGAAAGCAGCACUGCCGCUCACACUCUGAGAAAAGAAGAAAAGAUGACCGACAUGAGGAAAACCUAUCAGGUGGUGGUUCAUGGAACAGGAGGGAAGAUGACUACCAUAGAUCUGUGCAACACAGACGAGCAGAUGAAAAGCAUGAAAGUCCUGCAGCUGAAAGAAAAGAUAACAGAGAAACUUCCAGAGAUGGCAGGUACACUGAAGACAUAACAAUUUUCAGUAUCACUAAUAUUUGAAAAGAGGGCUACCUGGUGUUGUUUUAACUUUGUUUUUCGAUGCCUUAAAUUGAAAGCUAUGUUUUAACAUGUUACUUAUAUAAAACUAAAAUUUAUAUCAACAAAAUGCUUAAAAUAUGUUGUAGGCCACUCAUUAUGUGUCUGCAUUUUAACACUGAAUAUUUAAGCCUUUGUUUGGCACAUUUAGUUCAUGUUUUAUUCUUUUGAAUGGAGUCUAGUAAAAGUCAGGGAAUUGGUGCUUGAAGAGUAAAAACAAAUAAUUUCAUGCCUCAUCUGUUUUGUUUUUUUGUUCUGGGGUUAUUUGCUGUAGGCUCAGCUGGCAUCCGGUUAAUCUUCGCAGACAAGCAUCUGGAUGAGGACUCCAAGACUCUGUCUUCGUACGGGAUUCAGCACAAUUCCCACAUUAUGAUAGUGGUGAGGAUGCAUGGAGGACUGAUCAGCUAAUCUGGACCAUCUUCUUCCUCCUGCUGCUGUUCCUGUUUACUCCAUGACAAUAUUCCUGAUAUUUUUGCACAAUCUGUGGGCCGUUUGUAUUAAAACAACAUGCAUAAUGUUCCUUUGUUUUCCACAUGUUUGAACAACUUGUUUUUAUUGUUGUAAAAAUUAAAAAAAUCUCUCUCCAA